AUGAAAUUUUCUAUCUUUUUCACGCUCACUAUCAUUUUUUUUGCUACGGCUCUUGUAUCAACAGUCAUUGAAGGUUAUCACGCUGAAGUUGUUAGAAACGUUCUCGCAGAAUGUAAGAUUUGGGUUACAGAUAAUAAUGGUAAUUAUGUAGCUGGUAAUAAACAUUACCAUAGAUGCGACAAUAAUCCUCCAAAUUUAAAUAUUGAUACAUUAUCAAAUGAUUCAUACUGGCUUAUUGCAAGUGUUGAAGGUAGUGGUAGACAAGAUAAGCGUCGUGGACCACUUAACAAUGAUUUCUGCUAUAUUAUUUACGGUGAUGCUGCUAAUUGGCGUUUUAACACCUGGGAUUAUUGUAAUAGUCAGUCUUAA